AUGAGUGUGGAAGAUAUCAAGAAGGCUAGAGCCGCUGUUCCAUUUAACAGAGAACAGUUAGAAAGUGUUUUGAGAGGAAGAUUUUUUUAUGCCCCAGCUUUUGACUUGUACGGUGGGGUUUCUGGUUUAUAUGACUAUGGUCCACCAGGUUGUGCAUUCCAAAAUAACAUCGUUGAUGCCUGGAGAAAGCAUUUUAUUUUAGAAGAGGAUAUGUUGGAAGUCGACUGUACUAUGUUAACUCCAUAUGAAGUUUUGAAGACAUCAGGUCAUGUCGACAAAUUUUCUGACUGGAUGUGUAGAGAUUUGAAGACUGGUGAGAUUUUUAGAGCUGACCAUUUAGUCGAAGAAGUCUUAGAAGCUCGCUUAAAAGGUGAUCAAGAAGCUAGAGGUUUAGUCGAGGAUGCUAAUGCAGCUGCUAAGGACGAUGCCGAAAAGAAGAAGAGAAAGAAGAAGGUUAAACAAAUUAAGGCAGUAAAAUUGGAUGACGAUGUUGUCAAAGAAUAUGAAGAAAUUUUGGCCAAAAUUGACGGUUAUUCUGGCCCAGAAUUAGGUGACUUAAUGGAAAAAUACGAUAUCGGUAAUCCAGUCACUGGAGAAACUUUAGAAUCUCCAAAAGCUUUCAAUCUGAUGUUUGAAACUGCUAUUGGUCCAUCUGGUCAAUUGAAGGGUUACUUAAGACCAGAAACUGCCCAAGGUCAAUUCUUGAACUUUAACAAAUUAUUAGAAUUUAACAACAGUAAGACUCCCUUUGCUUCUGCCUCUAUUGGUAAAUCAUUUAGAAAUGAGAUUUCCCCAAGGGCUGGUUUAUUAAGAGUUCGUGAAUUUUUAAUGGCAGAAAUUGAGCAUUUCGUUGACCCAUUAGAUAAAUCUCAUCCAAAAUUCAAUGAGAUCAAAGACAUCAAGCUUUCCUUUUUACCUCGUGACGUCCAAGAAGCUGGUUCUACUGAACCAAUUGUCAAGACUGUUGGUGAAGCAGUUGCUUCGAGGAUGGUUGAUAAUGAAACUUUGGGUUACUUUAUUGCUAGAAUUUACCAAUUUCUGAUGAAAAUUGGUGUUGACGAAUCCAAGUUGAGAUUCCGUCAACAUAUGGCCAAUGAAAUGGCGCACUAUGCCGCUGACUGUUGGGAUGGUGAAUUGAAAACCUCAUAUGGGUGGAUUGAAUGUGUCGGAUGUGCUGAUAGAUCUGCUUACGAUUUAACUGUUCAUUCCAAAAAGACCAAAGAAAAAUUGGUUGUUAGACAAAAAUUAGAGAAUCCAAUUGAAGUCACAAAAUGGGAAAUUGAUUUGACGAAGAAAUUGUUCGGUCCAAAAUUCAGAAAAGAUGCACCAAAGGUUGAAUCCCACUUAUUGAAUAUGUCUCAAGAUGAUUUGGCUUCUAAAGCUGAGUUAUUGAAGGCAGACGGCAAGUUUACUAUAAAGGUUGAUGGUAUUGAUGGUGAAGUCGAGUUGGACGAUAAAUUGGUUAAAAUCGAACAAAGAACAAAGGUUGAACACGUUAGAGAAUACGUUCCUAGUGUUAUUGAACCAUCUUUUGGUAUUGGUCGUAUCAUCUACUCGGUUUUUGAGCACUCUUUCUGGAACAGACCAGAAGACAAUGCUAGAAGUGUCCUCUCCUUCCCACCUUUGGUUGCUCCAACAAAGGUUCUGUUGGUUCCCUUAUCUAACCACAAAGAUUUAGUUCCUGUUACUACUGAAGUCUCCAAGAUCUUAAGAAAGUCUCAAAUCCCAUUCAAGAUUGAUGACUCUGGUGUUUCCAUUGGUAAAAGGUAUGCUCGUAAUGAUGAACUAGGUACUCCAUUUGGUGUUACCAUUGACUUUGAAUCUGCUAAAGACCAUUCCGUCACUUUGAGAGAAAGAGAUUCUACCAAGCAAGUUAGAGGUUCUGUCGAAAAUGUCAUCAAGGCCAUCCGCGAUAUUACUUACAAUGGUGCUUCUUGGGAAGAAGGUACUAAGGGCUUGACUCCUUUUGUCGCCCAAGCUGAAGCUGAAACUGACUAA